AUGCUACCGACAACAUACUCCAAGAUCGGUAGAUUAAUAACAAGAUUCUGCUCAACAAAAACUAAACAACUGGCUACAGAUAUAUUACCACAUACUCAACAACUCAUUAGUUCCAUCUCCAAAAAAGAUACUUCCUUAUCACAACUCAAGAUCCAAAUACAAAAGUACUGGAAAGAGUCAAAGAUUCAAUCGCCACUCAAUUUCCCAAAUACUACGUUUCUAUCGUCAACCACAAAUAAAGAAGCUUUUGUUUCUACAAUAACGAAAUUUUAUAACAAAUCUUUCCACAUUAGAAACCUUUUACGGUGGGAACUACUCAAUAAUUCAAACAACAACAAAAUUAUCCAAGAUAUUACCCAACAACUACAUAAAAACAACUUAAUACCUCUUUGUGCUUUCGAAACUUCCGACCAAGUUUUUGAAUGGUGCAUCAACGAUGCAAUAAAAUACAACGACAUCACCACUUUAACAUAUUUUUGCAUUUCAUAUUACUCAAGAAACCCAACAAAGGAAAUAUCAAAAAAUCUGAUAAAAAACGUAAUCACUGCAUCAAUUUACAUUAAUCCCAAAGCCGAUCCAAUAAUUCUACAAAAUAUCAUCCAACUUGACAAAUUCUUCAAGACCAGAAAUUUUCAUCUUCCUAUAAGUGAGAAUCAGGCAUUAAUACUAUCAAAUAAGGCCAUUUCAUUGCAUGAACAUCCAAUCCUCACGAAAGAAAUCCUACACAUAUUACUUGAAGAAAGAACUUCAUGCUCAUCUUCAAAAGGUAACGUAAGAGCAGCGUACGCGUUAAUACGCGAUGAUUACGCAAAGAACAACCCCGCUGGAAUUCAUCUCACAUGGACUAAAAUUAAAAAUGUUUACAAUUCAAUUCAGAAUCAUGAUUCUAGAAUUCUAUACAAAAUAUUAAAGAUGUACUCAAAACAAAAGUCCUACAGAAAACAAGCUCAAAAUUUGAUUUCGGAGUUAACUCCAGAGUACUACGUCAAUAAUCCAUUACUGCUUCCAGCAAUAAUAAGUUUUGCAUCUAAAUCAAAAAACUUCGAAAUGGCCACAAAAAUAAUGACAGAUAUUAACACGCACUCCAACGAAAUGACCCAAAAGUUCACUAUUAAAUCACGAUACACACUCUCGACUUUACUAAGAAUGCAUCUUACUUUUAACGACUCAGUUGGGGUUGACAACGUACUUAAACAAAUAAACAGAGUACAUGGUGAACUUUCACCAGCAGACUACCAGGCUAUCAUUGCGCAUUUAGUAAAUUCGACAAACGUGGAAAACAUAAAAAAAGCACUAACAAUGAUAGAAAGUAUACCUAAAUCAAAAGUUCUCCCAUCGAUUUCAACAAUCAUAAAUAAGCUUUUACAAAGUUCCGUUAAAAAAGAAAAUGACACCAGAACAGAAAACCAGAGGAAUAUCGAUAAUCUCCUAAUGCUAGCAAACGACCUAGAUCCACUACACAAAAGUUCCUUGUGGUCGAUAAUUGCUUCAUUAUACAUUAAAAAUUUACUUGAAACCAAAGGAAUCACGACAACAACACAUAAUAACGCGAACAAUUCGCAAAAAAACAACAUCAACUACGAUAAUAAGGUCGACGAGUUAAAUAUUGCCAUAAUGUGCUAUCAAAGAUCUCUUAACAUAAAAGAUGAUACCAUUUCAAUAAAUCCGUUCGCUUUACCUCAUCACAACGUCUUAUUAAAAUUAACUAAAGCAAACAAACUAAUAAUAUUGAGAAACAUCGCUCAAAAAGCACUUUCGUAUCGCAGAAAGGACGUAUUCCAAUGGUGUUGUUCAGAAAUGUCCAAAAAUGGCAUACCAACGAAAGAUCUAAUAUUGGAAUGGAACAUAAUCCUUAAACAUCAAAUAAGAAGGAGUUCAUAUCAAAAUGAUACAGAACUAACAACAAAUCUACAAAAAGAUUUAUUCAAACUCGCAAAAAACUAG